UGAAAGCGUGCCCGGUUGGGCUGCGUGGAAACUGGUCAGGGCCAGCCAGCAGGGCCUUGGGACUUUUUCUGUGGCAACUUUUGUCCACUAAAUUUCAUCGUCCUGUGAAGUUCAGCCCUCUAUGGAUGUAGCGUGACAUCCCGGGAACAAAUUCCACCACGAGAUGUUUACUCUCACAGAAGUUGCCUCACUUAAUGACGUCCUUCCGACCUACCGGAUACUGAAGCCAUGGUGGGAUGUUUUUAUGGACUAUCUCGGGCUGGUCAUGUUGAUGUUGGCCAUUUUUGCCGGGACUAUGCAGAUAACCAAAGACCAAGUGGCAUGUCUUCCCAUUCUAGAGGAGAGUACAAACCCCUACACAACACAGAGCCCUACACAAUUCUUCACGUCAUCACUUGGUGCUGCGCCUGUAGCCACUCAGGAUCUUCCCGACAGCACAGUGCAUGAAAUGCAUCAGACUGUGCGUACUCCAGUUUGGAGCCAAAGUGCCCUUACCUCAACAGAACCUCAACCCAAAGGCCUACGAACAAACUUGGACUUCCAGCAGUACGUUUUCGUCAACCAGAUGUGCUACCAUGUUGCCUUGCCUUGGUAUUCCAAGUAUUUUCCUUACCUUGUCCUCAUCUACACCAUAUUGCUGAUGGUGAGCAGCAAUUUUUGGUUCAAAUACCCAAAGACCAGCUCAAAGAUCGAACACUUUGUGUCCAUCUUGGGCCGUUGUUUCGAAUCACCCUGGACUACAAAAGCACUUUCUGAAACGGCCUGUGAGGACUCUGAAGAAAACAAGCAAAGGAUCAUCGCUGGCCAAACUGCAUCUAAGCAAGUCUCCACAGAUAGUCAGGAGGAUGGCUCCAAUGCAACAUCACCUAUACUAGAUAACAGCGAGGUCAGAUUUUCUGCUGAGAAAAUUGUUCCUGAAGGCCCAAGCUUGACGAUUUUGGACAAAAAAGAUGGGGAGCAGGCCAAGGCUCUCUUUGAGAAGGUGCGAACGUUUCGGGCUCACGUAGAGGAUAGUGACUUCAUCUACAAUCUCUAUGUGGCGCAAACAACUGUAAAGGCGCUAAAGCUAAUUUUUAUCCUAUGCUACACGUCCACUUUUGCCACAGAGAUCGAUUUCAUCCACAUUUGCACACCACAAAUUGAACACCUAACCGGAUAUGAUCAAUUCUUCUGCACUCAUAAUAUGGCAUUCAUGCUGAAGAAACUCCUCUACACGUUCCUGGCUAUAAUUAGCCUUUAUGGCCUCAUCUGCCUGUACGCCCUCUUCUGGCUGUUCCGCCGACCACUAAAGGAGUAUUCCUUUGAAAAAGUCAGAGAGGAGAGCAGCUUCAGUGACAUUCCUGACGUCAAAAACGACUUUGCAUUUCUCCUGCAUAUGGUCGACCAAUAUGAUCAGUUGCACUCAAAACGAUUUGCCGUUUUCCUGUCCGAGGUCAGUGAGAACAAACUGCGGGAAAUUAGCCUUAAUCACGAAUGGACAUUCGAGAAACUCCGGCAACAUGUGACAUCCAAUGCACAAGACAAGCAGGAGCUGCAUCUUUUCAUGCUUGCUGGACUCCCUAAUGCUGUGUUUGACAUCACUGAGCUUGAAGUCCUUAAAUUGGAGCUUAUUCCUGAGGUCAGAAUCUCAGCUAAGAUUUCACAAAUGACAAAUUUGCAAGAACUGCACUUGUAUCAUUCUCCCGCAAAGGUUGAACACACAGCUUUCACUUUCCUUCGAGAUCACUUGCGGUGCCUUCACGUAAAGUUUACAGAUGUUGCAGAAAUCCCUCCGUGGGUUUAUCUCUUGAGGAGCCUUAGGGAGCUGUACCUUGUUGGCAACCUAAGCUCAGAGCACAACAAGAUGAUUGGCUUGGAAUCCUUAAAGGAUUUGAGACACCUCAAGACGUUAUACCUGAAGAGCAAUCUCCACAAAAUACCCUCGACCCUUACAGAACUCUCGCUACAUCUCCUCAAGCUGGUGGUGCACAAUGAUGGAACAAAACUUGUGGUGCUGAACAGUCUUAAAAAGAUGACGAACCUGGUCGAGCUUGAGCUCCAUAACUGCGAGCUGGAGAGGAUCCCGCAUUCCAUUUUCAGCUUGACUACCCUGCAAGAGCUGGACUUGAAAUCCAACAGCAUUCGCACCAUCGAGGAGGUCAUGAGCUUCCAGCACCUUAAGAGACUGACCUGCCUCAAGCUGUGGCACAACAAAAUAGUUGCUAUUCCACAGUCCAUAGGCCAGGUGAAGAACCUUGAGUCUCUCUACCUCUCCUACAACAAACUGGAUUCCCUUCCAGCGGCCCUGUUUAACCUUCCGAAGCUUAGGCACCUGGAUCUCAGCCACAAUUCCAUUUCGUUGAUUCCAGCUGAGGUUGGACUUCUCCAGAACCUUCAGCACUUUGCUAUCACAAAUAAUAAAAUAGAGGUUCUUCCCAAAAAUCUGUUCAGAUGUACCAAAUUGAAAGUUCUCUGUUUGGGAAACAAUAGCAUAACAAUCCUACCGGAGUCAAUCGGACAGUUGGUACAGCUCACUCAGCUCGAGAUAAAAGGGAACUGUCUAGCACUGCUUCCAUACCAGCUUAGCCAGUGUCGCCAUCUCAAGAAAAGCCUCUUGGUUGUGGAGGAUCAUCUUUUUGACUCUCUGCCCCUUGAGGUAAAAGAGGAUAUGAGUAGAGAUAAUAAUAUGAUCUGAGUUCCACAAAAGUAACUGUUUAGCUGCAGGUUCCUUUGUUUCAAAUACAUAUAUGCCAUUUUAUUCUGAGGAAUGUAACCAAAAUAUCAAGUAACACUUUCCUUUCCAGUCUCAUAAACUCUAGGUAACUACUUUGGGUAACAUGAUGGUAGGUUCCGAGGAAGUCUCAACUAUAUUACACUGAAAUGCCCAACAGGUUCUAGGCAAGCUGGGUAAAUACGUGGUACAAACUCCACGGUAUUGUGUCACUACAUUGGUGACUUUGGGUAAAAAGAUUGAACACAAACGAAGUACAAAAAGUCUUACAUAGUAUGCACCUGUCUGUUACCUAUAAACGACAAUGAAUCUGGGCUCUAAAAGAAAGCAGUGAUUCUUACUAUGGUUUUGCUGGGGUCUCACCAUUUAUUUUCAAAAUCAUUAUCAAAAAAAUCUUUGGAUUUUGUGAUGUCAUUGUGCGCCAUUCAAUUUAUGUGGUACUUGGAGGUGUCUCUGAUUUACUUUCCAGCUUAAAUUUGUGAAAUUCAUGUGAAAUCUAGCAUAUCGCUGUUGUCGGAACAAAAACUUGUAUCUUCAAAGUGGUAACCUUAGAGGAGAAGGAAAAAACCUACUUUACUUUUAAUGCAAGUCAAUUGAACCUAACUUUUUUCCAAAUAAUUUUGAGCUGUUUCAUUUGGUCCAUUCAUCAUGAAAUUUACACACAAUGUAAAGGCCAAUAGGUACUUUUAAAUUAGCUCAAAAACUGAAAAGAUUUGUGCAGACAACAAUGAUAUGGAUGUACUUAUAAUCUUGCUACUACAAAUAAGGUAUUUUUCUGUGUCCGUUAUCAGAUUGAUAGCCGAAACCUGCUCAGUGUAAGUUAGUUAAAAUGUCUUGGUACUUAUCAUUUUACCUGAAAUAGUUACACCAUACUUUAAAGUUUGUACCCCAAACUUGUGCAAUUAAUACCUAGAACCUGUUGAGCAUUUCAGUGUAAUCUAAAGUGUCUCUGAACUUACCAUCAUGCUACCCAAAAUAAUUGUGCAGUACAUUGCAGUUUGUAGCUCACACCUACCUGUAUAUGCAGUUAUAUGCAAAAGUUUUGGCACUGUCGACUUGAGAAGUCUUGAGAAUAACCUAGACAAAGUCUAGUUAGAUGUAUUGCAAGAUGUCUUCAUACCAAGAUGUUCACCGAUCACCAGGUUGGUUCCUUUUCCCACAGGAAAGCAGGAGCGGAGAAUAAUUGUAGUGUUAUCACCCUCAAUUGGCCCAAACCCUCGCCUCCCCCAACAAUUAUCAAGGUUAUGUACUUGUGAUAGAGAGUCAUAGAAAAGUACAGAACAUUCUAAGAUGACCUAAAGGCAUUAAGCCCUUAGAGACAGAAUGACAAUUCUGAUACACGGCAUGUAGGGGUUACACAACUGACCACAAUCCAACAGCAUGCCGGUCAAAUUCCCCGUUUUGUUCAUUUUCAAAGUGUAACACAUUGUUUACAGAGAACACACUUAAAUGUGGCAUUUUGCUGCAAAUCUUAGUGCACAAUUUCUUUUUAUUAAUA